GCAGCAUCGGAUCUUGUCCCGGGCCGAAGUGAGAAAACACGCGCUCUUUGUUUUGGAUCGCUAUGAUCGCCCUCUGGCUAAUCUCGCUCCUUCACGUCGCCUGCGCCAACUGGAUGUAUCUCGGAAUGGUGGGAGUGUCCGUACAAGACCCGCCCCCCGAAAUGGCGAGCGAACAGGUGUCCCUGUGCUCGACAGUGCCCGGUCUCGUACAGCAACAGCAACGCGUGUGUCAGGCGCACCCUGCCGUUAUCCGGGCGGUGAGCAGCGGAGCGAGACGCGGUAUCCAAGAAUGCCAGAAUCAGUUUCGGCACAACAGGUGGAAUUGCACCAUCGAAGGGGGAGAGAGCGUCUUCGAUCAUACCCUCCAGAGAGGUAGCCGGGAAACGGCCUUCAUCUACGCUAUCACGUCUGCCGGGGCGACGCACGCCGUGACGCAGGCGUGUUCUGCCGGCAACCUGACGGACUGCUCGUGUGACGCGUCACGCCAGGGCCAGAGUGGGGGCGAGGGCGCAUGGAAGUGGGGCGGCUGCUCGGACAACGUCCGGUACGGGACGCUCUUUGCCCGACAGUUCGUGGACGCCCCCGAGAGGUCGCCACCUGCCAAGAGGGACGUCAGGGCGCUCAUGAAUCUGCACAACAACAACGCCGGAAGACUGGCGAUUGCCCGUCAGAUGGAGCUCAAAUGCCGCUGCCACGGAGUGUCCGGAUCAUGUGAGUUGAAGACAUGCUGGAACAAGCUGCCCAGUUUCGAACAGGUUGGACGCUUCCUGAAGAGCAAGUACGACAGCAGCAUACAGGUGUCUCUUCGAGCGAAGCGUCGCCUCCGUAGGCGUGGCAAAGUGAAGCGGAAGGUGCCAGUCCAGAAAGAAGAUCUUGUGCAUAUACAUCGCUCGCCGGACUUCUGCUUGCGAGACCCAAAGCGGGGCAUUCUGGGAACGCAAGGCAGGCGAUGUAACAGAACGGCACCUGCCGUAUCCCCACAGGCCUGCACUCUGCUCUGCUGUGGAAGGGGAUACAACACACAGGUCAUUCGCAAGCUGGAGAGGUGCCAGUGCAAGUUCCACUGGUGCUGCUACGUCAAGUGCAAAACGUGCGAGACCAUGGAGGAGAUCUACACGUGCAAGUGAUAUCCGUUCUCCCUUGCCGGGGAGCGACUCAGC